UUUACUUAAUAUUAUUUUAAUAAUGGCAAGUAAAUGGAGUAUAAUAAAAAAAAUAUUCAUAUUAUUCUGUAUUAUUGGAAUAAUCGAAACAAAUAUGAUUAAAAAAAAGAAAUAUAAAAAAAAUUUUAAAAAUAAAAAGCUCGAUUCAAUUGGAAGACGUCAACAAGCUUCAGAAGAAAUUCAUCAAGAAUCAUCAAAUGAAUGGCCAGUUGAUUUAGUAAACAACAAUGAGAAUGAGACAAUGGCAUGUGCAAUGAGUCUAGUUGAUCAACAACAAGAAGUAUGUGAAAUUGUUUAUCAAAUAAAUCAAUUAAAUGAUUUACUACCUCAUCUUCAUGAUUUAUUAUUAAAACGUUUGGGUGAUCGUAAAAUAGUAUUUACAAUUUACGUAAAUAAAUCAUCAUCAACUGUUGAAAUGUUAGCUGAUGCAGGAAAAGCAUUAUUUCGUAGUAUUGGAAAAUUCAUAAGAUUCCUUGGCUAUGUUGAAAAGCUAUUCAACUCAGCAAUUGGUACAACUGAAACAAUAGAUAUAAAUAAAUCACGACGUAGUUUUUUUUCUUCACCAAAUGAAAGUGGUUUUCUUGGUGAAAUAAUAAAUACUGGAACAGUUGAUGAAGAUGAAAUACAAAUGAAUAUUAAAAAAGCAUGGUCACGUAAAUGUUCAAUGGAUUUAAUAAAAUUAAAUAAUAAUACUUGUGAUAUUAUAACGAGAAUAAAUAAACUUGAUAAUUUAUUAAAAAAUACAAUAAUGGAAUUUAUAAAUACUGACUCAAUGGAUAUACCAGUACAAUUAAGUUCAGAUAAAUUAAGUUUAAAUGAUUUUUUCGAUUCUUAUCAUAUGGCAUUGUUAAAUGCUAAAGAUAAUGAUGGUAGAAAAAAAUUUGAAUAUAAUGAAAAAUUUUAUAAUGGUAAAAGAGUAUUAAUAAAUAAUAAAAAAGAAAAAAUUAAUGAAAUAUUUCAAACAUCUGAUUAUAAAAUUGAAUUUAUUGAAAUGAAAAAUAAAAAAAAUCAUAAAAAAAUAUCAAUGAGAAAAAAUUUUAAUCGUAAUAAAAUUAAUAAAAAUAUUGGAAGUUUGCUGAAAAAAAAAAAAAAUAAUGGUAAAUUUUAAUAAUAUAACAAAAAAAAAAAUUAAUAAUAAAAAAUGAAAAAUAAAAUUUUAAUAAAUAGAAAAAAAAAAACAAUUUAUACAUUUAUUUAUUUGUUGUUAUUAUUUAUUUUUAUUUAUAGAUAUGAUGAAAUUAAAAACUGGUGAUACAAGUAAAAAAAAA